UCAGUCUAGUCUGGGCGUGCAAGAGGGAGCAUGUGAGAGUAUGUACUGUAAUCUGUGUGUGUUCGUAGAGCUGAAUGCUGCGCUGGAGUCCAGGAGAUUUCUCACCGAUGCAAGGAUUCCCCUGUUUGCUCCCUGAGAGGACACGUGCUGACUGAGUUUUUGCCACCACAGGGAAUUAACUGGUGCUCACACGGGAAACGCUGGGAGCUCAAGUACUGGCAAGCUGACACCAUCGUUUGAGGAUGUGUGGAGGAUCAUGCAGUCUGUGAAAGAUGGCUCCACAUUGAUGAUAAGAAGCUGGUGAUGCUGCUGCUUAACUAUAGAUUCCUCUUCAUUUAUUUGCAGUUGAAUCAUGGGCAACGUAGAGAGUCAGAAUGGGGACAGCAGUUUCUACGGUGAUGUGACGGGACAUCUCUCGCGUAAACAUACGUCCCGGUCACUUCGUCUCUCCAAUAAACAGCAAAUCACACGACGCUCACGACACUCUUCUUCAGUGAAACAAGAACACAGGAACUCUGAAGCCUCAACCCGUUCCUCCAGCACCCCGAGCAUCCCGCAAUCCUUAGCAGAGAACGGACUGGAACCUUUCAACGCCACUGAUGAGUUUGGAGAGUUCGGCAUCAACCCCCACUGGACUCAGCGUGUCGCUAUGACAAUGAGGCCAGAGUCCUAUCAGCAGGACGAUGACCUCUUGGCCACACCCACGCCUGAGACCUCAGAGGCAGACACCGUGGCUCAGGAUGGAGGCGAGGACUCCAUGGGGGAAGGGGAGGGGGACGUUAUUGGAGAAGAAAGGUACCUUCAGCGGAUGACCGAGGGUCCACGGGAGGGGGGGAGUUUUAAAAAGAAGCGGUCCAAGUCUGCAGACAUGUGGAGGGAGGACAGCCUGGAGUUCUCUCUGUCGGACCUGAGCCAGGAGCAUCUGACCAGCACGGAGGAAAUGAUCGAUGGGGAAGAGGAGGAGCAGUUCACACACCCUAGAGCAAGUGCAGGUUCCGCUGAAAGGGCAUCGUCUCUUGACCAUCUGUGCAGCCAGCAUAGUCCUGGCCUCAGGGGGCAGAGGAGCCGCUUUGCUAAAAACCGGAGGGAGGCCGAGUGCGAUGGAGAUGGAGAAGGGGAGGAGGGCUUGAUGUCUCCAACUGAGGAGGACUGCGGCGGUUAUGGAGCAUUCACACUCCCUUGCAGACGCUCACACUGCCUGUCUGAAGGCUUGGCAGGGCUGGGCAUCCCGUCUGCACCGCGCCCUGCUUUCCAAGGACGCCGUGCACAAACUACUCAGGAUAUCUCUGGUGUUUUGGGCGAGGGAAGUGAGUAUGGCGACAGUGGCAUCGAUGGUGUCACCACGGAGAUAGAUGGAGACGGAGAGUUGGUGUCAAGGCGCUGCAAGGCCAUGUCGGCUUCUUUCUCUGUGUAUUCAGCUACCGAAAGCAGCGUUUUUAACGGGAGCGACAGCGGGAGCAGCAGCGCAGGAGGAGGAGAUGGACGAGGCGGUGAAGGAGUCAGGGGAGGAGUUUAUGAAAAUUUCCGAAAGGAGUUAGAAAAUCAAGCCUGGACACAUCAUGGUCGGGACUGCACGGAGGAGGCUGGCUCCGCCGUGAGUGACGAGCAGAGUAGCGGCACACUGAGCAGCGCAUAUCCAUCAGACGCUCUGAUUGGCUGUGCUCAGGGAAUAGUGAGGAAAGCAGGGGCUCUGGCGGUGAAGAACUUCUUGGUUCAUAAGAAGAACAAGAAAGUGGAACCAGCAACAAAGCGCAAGUGGAAACACUACUGGGUCUCUCUGAAAGGCUGCACUCUCUUUCUAUACGAGCAUGACUGCCGUUCAGGGAUAGACCACAACAGCAUCCCUAAACAUGCACUGUGGGUGGAGAAUAGCAUAGUCCAGGCUGUCCCUGAACACCCCAAGAAAGACUUUGUUUUCUGCCUCAGCAACUCAGUGGGAGACGCUUUCCUUUUCCAGACGUCAGGCCAGACCGAAUUGGAGAACUGGAUCACAGCGAUCCACUCUGCGUGUGCCGCAGCCCUGGCUCGGCAGCAUCACAGGGAGGACACGGUGCGGCUGCUGCGAACCGAGAUCCGCAAGCUGGAGCAGAAGAUCGACAUGGACGAGAAGAUGAAGAAGAUGGGAGACAUGCAGCUGUCCACCGUCACUGAUGGCAAGAAGAGGAAGACCAUACUGGAGCAGAUCUUCCUGUGGGAGCAGAACUUGGAGCGGUUUCACAUGGAUCUGUUCCGCUGUCGGUGCUACCUGGCCAGUCUGCAGGGCGGCGAACCCCCUAAUCCCAAACGCUUGCUGGGCUUCGCUUCCCGUCCCACCAAGCUGGCCAUGGGACGACUGGGCAUCUUCUCUGUGUCUUCCUUCCAUGCACUGGUGUCAGCCCGUACUGAAAGCAGCCUCAGGAAGCGGAACCAGGCCAUGCCUCGUACCUUCAGUAAACGCCGGAGCCGGUUCUCCUCCCUCUGGGGACUGGACACCACCUCAAAGAGAAAGACCAUGGGGCACCCUUCAAUCAACCAGGUGUUCAUUGAUGGGAUGGAACCAGUGAGAAAGCCAUUGGAGCGCAUGUUUGAAGACUCAUCCAGUGAGAAAUCGAAAGAGAAAGAGGACUCUGUGAAAAGUCUUCCUCAGCAAAACACAGACAGUGACAUCUGGGUUCCUGAUUACCUGACUCCCUCCUGGGUGUGUCUGCCCAACAAUCAGCCUGUCCUGGCCAUCGUACAGCCUGGUGAGACAGCGCUGGAUGUCCUGAGCGCUGUCUGCAAGACCCACAAGAUAGAUCCAUCUAGCCACUACCUGCGUCUGAAGGUGUGGAUGGACAACCAGACGCUCUUUUAUGUUCCCAAAUUUGAAGAGGAAAUCUCUGAUCUGCUCUACAAAGAAAUUGAGAUUUGCCACAAAGCUACAAAGGUGAUCUGCUUUGACAAAGCUGAGUCCUGCACCAUCGGAUACGGUUUUUCUGUGGCAGUAAUAGAUGAGGACGGGUUGCAGCAGCUCCAUAUAACUGAAGUGAAAGAAGAUGGACUGGCCUCAGCUAAAGGUCUGAAAGCAGGGGAUGAGAUCCUUUUGCUGAAUGGUAAACCUGCAUCUGCCCUCCAAAUGGAAGACAUGAGGGCUGCGUUCAUAAACCAAGCGUUGACCUUGAGUGUCAGCACCCUGCCCCAGCUGGACUCUCGGUUGUCGUGCACCCUUCCGCCCCGGCGCUCCGAUGGCGAGCAGGACCUGGCCACAGACAUCUUCUCCCAGAGCCAAGAGGACAUCCUGGAUGAGGUGUCGGGCUUAACAGUGAACAGCCAAGAUGAGAGUUUGGAUGAAGGACAUCGGCUGACCCAGCAGAGCCCUGGAGGUCAUCUGGAAGACAAAACCUUUACCGGGAUGGGACAGAAGAGCACGGAGCAUGUCACUGCUUUCUGCCGCAGUCUCCAUGACAUGAAUUCCCUGGACUGCCCUAUGUCGUCCUCCUCAUCGUCGUCCUCGUCGUCCCUCUCCCCGAGCCCUGUGUCAGCUUUACCGCCCACAGCAGCAACCCAAACCCAGAGACAGCUCUCCCACGCAGACAAACUCCGCAAAGUCAUCAAUGAGCUGGUGGAGACAGAGAAGACGUAUGUCAAGGACCUGAGGUGCCUAAUAGAGUGCUACCUGACACCUCUGCAGAAAGAAAGCUUCCUUACACAGGAUGAGCUGGACGUUUUGUUUGGUAACCUCUGUGAGAUGGUUGAGUUCCAAGUGGAGUUUCUGCGGACGCUGGAAGAUGGAAUCAGACUGGUGCCGGAUUUGGAGCGUCUGGAAAGGGUGGAGCAAUUUAAGAAAGUGCUCUUCUCCUUGGGUGGUUCAUUCCUGUAUUAUGCCGAUCGCUUCAAGAUCUACAGCGCCUUCUGUGCCAGCCACACAAAAGUCCCAAAGGUCCUGGCUAAAGCAAAGACUGACCCGGAUUUCAAGGCUUUCCUGGCUGUGAGAAACCCCAGACAGCAACAUUCGUCCACUCUGGAGUCUUACCUGAUCAAACCCAUCCAGAGGGUCCUGAAGUACCCGCUGCUGCUGAGGGAGCUCUACUCUCUCACUGACCCAGACAGUGAGGAACACUACCACCUGGAUGUUGCAAUGAAGGCGAUGAACAAAGUCGCGAGUCACAUCAAUGAAAUGCAGAAGCUUCACGAAGAGUACGGGGCUGUUUUCGACCAGCUCAUCAAUGAGCAGACUGCAGAUAAAAAAGAGGUGGCGGACCUCUCCAUGGGGGAUCUUCUGCUGCAUUCUACUGUGAUGUGGAUUAACCCUCCGGCCUCUUUGGUAAAGAGCAAAAAGGACCCUGAUCUGGCUGCUUUUGUGUUCAAAACUGCGGUUGUAUUUGUGUACAAAGACAGCUCCAAGCACAGGAAAAAAAUCGGCGCAUCUCACCGUGUGUCUGUGAGUGAUGACAGAGAUCCUUUCCGUUUCCGUCACAUGAUUGCAACAGACUCUCUUCAAGUCCGCACCCUUGCAAACUCUGAGGGCACAGUGGUGUGCGAGAUAGUUCACACAAGAUCUGAAUCUGAGGGAAGACCAGAGAGAACCUUCCAGCUGUGCUGCAGUUCUCCAGACAGUAAGAAGGACUUCCUGAAAGCAGUACAUUCUAUCCUUCGAGACAAGCAGCGGCGCCAGCUUCUGAAGACAGAGUCUCUGCCCCCAAAUCAGCAGUAUGUACCGUUUGGGGGCAAACGUCUGUUUGCUCUUAAAGGGGCAAGGCCAGCCAUGAACAGAGCAGCGUCAGCUCCAUCACGAACGCUGGCCCGCAGGAAGCUGGUGAGAAACCGCUUCACCAUAGAUACCGACCUCGUUUUCCACGGAAACAACAACAGCGAUUCAGAGCCUUCCUCGCACUCAACGCCAUCCCAGCAUGCUCGUCUUCAAUCCAACAAACCUCAAGGGGAGGACACGGACCGUUGGGUGGAGGAGCAGUUCGACCUCGCUUGCUACGAGGACCAGGGAGAGGGUAUCGACGUGGGGCAGCUUAAGGAGACGGACAUUUUGAGCGACGAUGAUGAGUACUGUAAGUCCGUUAGAGCUGCGUCUUUAGAACCUCUGGACCUGCACGGCAAGAUGCGAGGACUCAAUUUGAAUGGAGGAGUAGAGACUGACAGCGAUGUCAUGCGCGGCAGGAUGCAAGAGGGUGAAGUUAAUCAAAUUAAGAACAGCAAUGAAACAGGCUCAGUAGACUCCUUCACCUCCUGCGGUGUGACUCUUGCCCGCUGUGAACCCCAGACGAUAAAGUUCGCCCCCUCGAAGCAGUGUGCUGUAGAUGGAGCCACAAACAAGGACCAUAAUGAAAUCUGGGUGCGGCGGGAGGACAUUGCUAACGUAUGCAACAGUGAUGUUUUCUGAUUGGGAUAGAAGCCAAAUAGGUGGAGAAGGGGGACAAGUGCUUGUCCGUUGAGAGCAAGAAAACAGGGGAGAGAUUAGAUGCAAGCUUUAAACAUGUGACAUUCAGAGGACCAAGUGUUUAUAGAGGGUUUUUGAACCUCAGUCAGCCCUUCCUGUAACUACACACAACCCCCCUCCCUCCCAACUCACCUGCAUCUCCCUUCCUCUGACAAUCCUAAAGUACUUAAACUGUGAGUGAUAAGGAAAGUGUGCUCAGCUUCAUUAGCCGAGAUUCGAUAUUCUUAUCCUUAAUAAUAAACUACAUAAAAUCAUCACUGUUUUGGAAAAAAAAACCCAGGCAUCACACACAACUGUGGAAUUGUAUUUUAUGACUAAGACGGCACUGCAUGUACAAGCGUGUAUAAGUGUGUAUAGUACACCGAAGCACCGACACAGGGACUCUAGGCAGCUACUGUACUGUCUGCACGCUGUACCCAAGAUGCGCCCUCACUGAACUGUGACCUUGUGGCCAAAAAAAUGUCUAUUUUUCAACACAGGAAUGUGGGUGUUAUAUUUUUUCUGACUCAGAAACUUGUGUUUGUAUUUUAACACUCAAAGGGCUGUGUGUUACUGAACUUCUCUUCAGGGGCCUUUUUUGGCUUAACGACUGCUGUGUAAAAAAAAAAACAAGAUGGUGAGAUUCAACAACUAGCUUUAUUGUGCUUUUGAACUGUUUUUAACAAUAUGAGCUGCACAUUGUUGUAUAGUCAGAGUAUGAUCGAGUGCCGUUAACCUCUUGUAUGAAAAUGUUUUGAUGCUCACUUUGGUCUCCUCGUAUACCCUUUUUUAAAGAGCGUUUGGACGACAGAUAGUUUACCUAUGCUUUAUUUAAUGAUUGCCUUUUUUUAUGUAAUUUUCAUGUUUACAACACAAUCAGCUGCCCAGUGUUACAAACCACAUUUUGUGUGUUUGGGGCCAGAAACAGGCUUGAGAAAGCCAACGCUUGUGCCCUUCACAUGAAUGUCCACUCUUCACUUUUGUCAGUCAAGUAAAGGCAUUGCUAUUUCAGUAAAUUAUGAAAUUCAUCACAUCAGUUAUAAACUGGACCCUCUUUGCCCCUCAGGCCAUGCUUCCUUAAUGCUCCAGCUUUUUAAUAGUAUAAAACUCCGACAACAAUCCUGUUUUACUUGAAUUUUCUUUGUUGUUUUGAAAGGUGUUCAGGAGAGCCAUGUUAGGGACUGUACUGUUACUCCAAGAAUCAAUCAUGCAGUUAAUCUUAUUCUCCAAAUGCAAUCCAGCUUUUUAUUAUUAUUUUUUUUACAUUUUUUUCAUGUCCAGCAGAAAACACAAAGACAGACUUUUAAUCUAUGAAAUGAACCCUCAUUGCAUUUCACUUCUCCUCUUCUGCAUUUGUUCUUCUUUCCACCAGGCUGUGCUGUUUCACUUUAUGUCAUCACACCAACAUGCUGAUUGCUGAGAUCAACAAAGUCAUGCGCACCUUAAUGGAUGUAUUGAACAUGCACUUAAUACCCAACUGUGAGGAAGAAAUCUGUGAGCUACUCUGAACAGAGUGUGUGUAGAGUAGAGGGAAACAAUACACUUUGGAUGUUUUUACUAUUGUCUUCUUCCUAUGAUGCUGGUUUCCUAGAGUUUCCCUUACUGGCUGCUGAUUCUGGCCCAGUAAGGACGUUCAGACUGUGAGGUACAAUCACCUGGCCGCGGAGGCAAACCCUGUGAGACCCUCUGACUGCUCCCUUUGUACUUUGAAAACUGUGUUCGUAUAUAAAACUGUGGAGUAUUAUCAUUUUUAUGUUAAAAUAAAUUUUCUUAAAUUAA